AUGCAGAAUGUGAAGGACAAAACAUUGAGGAAGCCUACGACGGCUUUGAGAGACAUUGACUUAUCGGACUACCCGAAGAUAGCCACUGGCUUACUCAGCCAUUUGGACAGAUUACUAGUUCCACCCCCAAAGGGCCCAAUUUCGGAGGGGGCCACGCGGGACAGGGCCGCCCAAGACCAUGACGCCGCAAGCCGAGCCCGAAGCCGCGAGGAAGCCGCGAGAGACGCGGCCAGCCCUGAUGAUCAGCUGGCCGAGUCUCUUUGCGAGAUCAAUUCUUUAUUGGAACGCAUUUUUGUGUGCCGAGAUCCGCGAGUACAAAAUAAUCUGAGUAUCUACAUACUUACCCGCACCGACUACCAUAUCUCUGCGUUCUUGACGAAGGCCCUCCAAUUCCUGCACGAAACAGCCCUUAUUUUCGAGCCAUUGUUGUCUCAGGCGGCUAUCUUGGCGGAGACGUUCCUCAAGUUGAGUGUGCGGGAAGAAGUGGGGUUGGACCCGAUUGAGGUGAUAGAUGUUUUUGGUCCAGGUAUUCGUUGGCGGAAGAUUAUCUGUAGUGACCAUAGUGUGUUGGAGGCAAUAGUUAAGGAGAUUGAUGCGGACGUGGGCAGCCGCCGGUCGAUGCUUCCUCCGUUGGUGGAGACGCCUCGGUUGUUGCGAAAGCGCUCCAGUAGGAGUCCCCAAGACGGUUCUCAGCUGACAGAAGCCGAAGCCGACGAUUCGCCCUCCCGAAGUGCGGGGGUUUCCGCUGUGUCUACAUCUGCCACGCCGAGCUCUGUCGUGUCAGCUCCCGUCAGCGGCGAGCCCACCUUGGCCCAGUUCGCCCGCGAUGCGUGUGUAGUCCAAGUAUUAUUUUUGCUCAUGAGUUGUUGCGAAGAGAUUACUCUAAAAUGCUCCCUGGACCCCAGCUUCUCUAUAAGAGUAUUGCGGAUGCUCUACAGACUCGUAGCACUGCCCACAUCAGCCACACUUGAAGAAUACGAGCAGCUUUGGCUUACCGAAAACAGACCAAUCAAAGGUAGAAUAUCCCAACUCAGUCACACAAAGACCACCGAUCACAGAUAG